UGCGUCGGCGUCCGCUCCCGUCCGGCUCCCUCUCCGGGGGAGAGACGGGCGCUGCCCGGCGGUGGCGCCCUGAGAGCCCCGCGCGGGCGCCGGGCGCGGGCAACGGCGGCGGCAUGCCCGAGAAGCGGCUCACGGCGGAGCCACCAGAUAUUACAGAAGAAGAAUUUGAAGAUUCUUUGGCAACAGAUGAUUUCCUUGUGGACUACUUUAAUGAAUUCCUAAGCCUUCCAACCUUUUCAGAGGCAAUUAGAUUUAAUGCGGAUUAUGGAGUUUUUGAAGUAGUUAACAAUGCUCCACAACUUCUGGAAAAGCAACUGAAAAAAAUUCUACAAAACCAGCAACCUCGAAAUCCCAUCUAUGAUGUUGUAAGGAAAGGAAAGAAUGAUAUUAAACCUGUUCAAAUGAAUGCCCCCUAUGAAAAUGAGACCAUUAAUGUCAACUACAAUAUUAUGUGUCUCAGUCGUGAACAAGGUAUUAAGUGGAUCAAAAAAGAAAGACUUCCAGCAUUUCUGGAAAGUGAUUGCUACUUUGAAUACAGAUUAGCCAAAUUGGUCUCACAAGUACGAUGGAGCAGAUCAGGCAUGAACAUUACACUCGAUGCAGACUUUUCCCCCUGGGUCCUGAAAAAACCACCCAGUCCACCACCACCUGUCAUUGAAGAAGAAAAUGUUAUAAUAAUGAAAAAGUUCUACAUUUCUCUUGGUGAGGCCACCUAUACUCAAACGAAAGAUUGGUUUACACUGGCAAAACAGAGUCUGCAAACAGUAUCAACGUUUUCAUUACCAUCUUGUGUACUCCACAGCAAAACUGAACCACCGGUUAUUUCAUCUGUUUCUGAAAGUUUUAUCUUUGAUGAUGGAAUUCACCCGAGGACAAAACGGGACUCAUCUGAAUCUACUAGAUUAAUUUCUCAUUUCAAAGAAGAAGAUGGGUCUGUAUGUCUACAAGACACUCCUUCUCAAGCGCUUCUGCGAAUAUACCUUGAAAAGCAACAGGAUGCUGAUGAUGGCCUUAUACUGCAUUUCUCAACAUGUGAAGAAUUUUUAAGAUCUUACGUAGCCUUUAUUUUGAGAGUAGCAAUUCAUCACAUUUUUGAAGAGCCACUUAGAGAAAGCCCAGAUUUUAUAAAUUUCAACAAGGUAACAGAAGUGGUGAUUGAGGAGGGUUUUGAGCCUGUUCCUGGCAGGAAUGUUGUGUCAAGUGAAACAUUUAAAACCUAUGUCAAGUCAAAAGAGAUGCUAGAACAAGCAAGUUUAAAAAGUGAGAGCAUUGGACAAGAGAGCAGGGCUGAUUGGUGUAUUUCUCACAAAGCUUAUGAUAUUGGCAAUAGAAAAGAGUUUGAAAGAUUUAAGAAAUUUAUAAAAGGUACACUAGGAGAGAGAUAUUGGUUGUUAUGGAUGGAUAUUGAGAGGUUAAAAGUUCUUAAGAACGCUGGAAGACAUCAAAGACAUCUUGAAAAGAUGAAAAAAUGCUAUUUAGUGAGCAGUGGAGAUUGCUACCUUUCUGCAGAAAUAUUAUCAAAACUUAAACUGCUAGAUGCAUCUCAGUGGAAUGAAGAACAUUUAAGAAAUAUUCAGAUUGAGGUUGUAAAACCCUUACUUCUCUAUUGGGCGCCAAGAUUCUGUGUUAGUCAUUCAUCCCCAGCAAAACAUGCUAGUGCUGAACUGCAAUUCUGGCAUCUCCGUCAAGAGAAACCAAGGAAGGAUGUUGACCCUUUUCCACAAAUGGCAACCCUCUUGCCAUUAAGACCUAAAUCAUGCAUUCCACAGGUAUCUGAUAUGCAGAAAGAAGAAUCCAAUUUAUUACAACAUCCUAAAUCUCCCAAGAAACCACCUAGAGCAAAAACGGCAGUUCAAAAACCUUGGAAGAGCAAGUCUUUGUAUCUGAUUUCUUCGAAGGACGAUGCGAUUGAGAAAGGAUUGAGGCACAGAUCAGAAAGCACCAGAGUUAUUCGCUUAACAUCUUUUACUGAUAUUUCUGAAUGUCUGAAGCCCCAGCUGGAUAGAAGAUACACUUAUACAGAAGAAUCUUUGGUUAAAACCAUGGAAGAUGGUGCCUUGGGAGGAUUUGACAUGGAAAAUUUGUUGCAAUCUUUGUAUGUAGAAAAUAGAGCUGGAUUCUUCUUUACCAAAUUCUGUGAGCACUCAGGAAAUAAGUUGUGGAGGAAUAGUGUGUACUUUUGGUUUGACCUACAGGCUUAUCAUCAGCUCUUCUACCAAGAAACACUUCACCCUUUUAAAGUAUGCAAACAAGCCCAAUAUCUUUUUGCCACAUACAUUGCUCCUUCGGCCACUCUUGACAUUGGACUCCAACAGGAAAAGAAAAAAGAAAUUUAUAUGAGAAUACAGCCACCAUUUGAAGACCUUUUUGACACAGCAGAAGAAUAUAUCCUUCUCCUCCUUCUUGAGCCCUGGACACAGAUGGUAAAAUUAGACCAAGUUGCUCUUAGAAAGGUGGAGCUGGUGGAAGAAACUAGACAGCUAGACUCCACAUACUUCAGAAAGCUACAGGCUUUGCAUAAAGAGACAUUUUCCAAGAAAGCUGAGGACACUACUUGUGAAGUUGGAAUUGGUAUUUCACCGCUUCCUGAGGUGUGUAAAAAAACAGAAUACUGGAAUAAUGUUCCUGAAGAAUAUAGGCACUUCAGUUUUAAUGAUCUGCUUAACAACAAACUGGAGUUUGAACAUUUCCGUCAGUUUCUUGAGGCUCAUUCUUCAAGUGUGGACCUUAUGUGCUGGACAGACAUUGAGCAGUUCCGAAGAAUAACUUACAGAGACCGAAAGCAAAGGGAAGCAAAAUCUAUAUAUAUUAAAGACAAAUACCUUAAUAAAAAAUAUUUCUUUGGCCCCCAAAGUCCAGCUUCUCUGUAUCAGCAAGACCAGAUAAUGAAUUUAAGUGGUGGCUGGGGAAAGAUGCUCCAUGAGCAGCUCGAUGCACCUGUUCUAAUUGAAAUUCAGAAGCAUGUCCUAAAUAAGCUAGAAAAUGUGUGGUUGCCAUUAUUUCUUGCAAGUGAACAGUUUGCAGCACGUCAGAAGAUAAAGGUACAGAUGAGGGAUGUAGCUGAGGAGCUCUUACUACAGAAGCAUGAAAGGAAAAUCGGGGUCUGGAAGCCUGUGGAGAGUAAAUGGAUAUCUUCAUCUUGUGAAAUCCUGGCUUUUCGUAAAGCAUUAUUGAAUCCAGUUACCGCAAGACAGUUUCAACGGUUUGUGGCUCUAAAAGGAGAUUUAUUGGAAAACGGGGUACUCUUUUGGCAAGAAGUACAAAAAUAUAAGGACUUGUGCCAUUCUCAUUGUGAUGAGUCCAUCAUUCACAAGAAGAUCGUGACUAUUAUCAACUGCUUUAUUAAUUCUAGUAUUCCACCAGCUUUACAAAUUGACAUUCCAAUAGAGCAAGCCCAGAAGAUUAUUGAACACAGGAAGGAGUUAGGACCCUAUGUAUUUAGAGAGGCACAGAUGACAAUUUUUGGGGUUCUAUUUAAAUUUUGGCCUCAGUUUUGCGAGUUUAGGAAGAACUUAACUGAUGAAAAAAUUAUGAGUGUUUUAGAGAGAAGACAAGAAUAUAAUAAGAAAAAAAAAUUGGCAGUCACAGAAGACGAGAAAUUUGCAAAGGAUGGAAGCAAACAAUAUGCAAGUUCUUCAGGAUCUGCUAUCAAAACAGCUGCUUUACCCAGUGACCCAGUUUUCAGCCUGCAAGCAUAUGGUCGACAGCCAACCUGGUGCUACUCCAAGUACAUAGAAGCCUUAGAACAGGAGAGGAUUCUUCUUAAAAUUCAAGAAGAACUGGAAAAAAAGUUAUUUACAGCUACACCAUCUUUUACAAAUUUUAAGUCUGCUGCUUCAGCUGUGUCUUUGAAAAAGACCGUAUCUUCCUACAACAUCCAGAAGUGACAGUACUCAUGUGGGUGUAUAAUCUGCUGCUGCUAGAUGCAAGAUGCUGAUGGGAUUAUAUAAUUUUGACUGGAUACUAACGUUAGAGGUUACCAAUGCCUUUACAAAAUGGUAUAGAAGUAUAAUGUAGUGUGUGUGUGCCCCAUGGACUCAGUACUUGAAGAACCCAGUAAAAGUCCCGUUUCUCUUA